CACCCUUUUGCGCCUCGCGUGAGGUUCGGUGCCUGCCCGUUCCCUGCUUCUCGGAAUCGCCUCAGCACGAAAUCUUCUCCUUCAGAAUCGAUCGAUUGCAACCGAUUUAUUCGAGUUCUUUCCCAGUUAGGUGAUUUCACCAAUCACAUAGAAAAUGGACAUUGAUGAAAUACUUUGUGAUGUCCGGGUUGUCAAUCUUCCGACCAAGAGUGCAAUUUAUAUCUGGGGUUAUAAUCACAACGGACAGACAGCAAGGAGGGGAAAAGAAUGCCACCUGAGGAUUCCAAAGAGUCUUCCACCGAAGCUCUUUAAUUGUGCUGGAGGAGAGAUCCUCAGAUGGUUGGAUAUUUCUUGUGGCAGAGAACACACUGCAGCAGUAGCUUCUGACGGAUCUCUAUUCACAUGGGGUGCUAAUGAUUUUGGUCAGUUGGGAGAUGGUACAGAGGAGAGAAGAAAGUAUCCCAUAAAAGUCAAGUCAUUGCAAACAGAAUAUGUGAAAUCUGUUUCCUGUGGAGCACAUUGCACUGCUGCUAUUGCAGAACCUCGAGAAAAUGAUGGCAUAUCAUCCAGAAGCAGGCUUUGGAUCUGGGGACAAAAUCAGGGAUCAAACCAUCCUCGUCUAUAUUGGGGAGCCUUUGCUUCAAAUACGGUUAUAUGCCAAGUUUCCUGUGGAGCAGCUCAUGUAGUGGCUCUCUCUGAGGAAGGCUUACUCCAAGCAUGGGGCUACAAUGAGUAUGGCCAGCUUGGCAGGGGUGUCACUUCUGAAGGAUUACAGGGAGCUCGGGUAUUGAAUGCCUUUGCCAAGUUCCUAGAUGAACCCCCUGAGCUUGUGAAGAUCAGGCAAGUGGCAUGCGGGGAGUACCACACAGCAGCAAUAUCUGAAGAUGGUGAUGUGUAUACUUGGGGUCUGGGAAACAUGGGACAGCUUGGUCAUUCUUCUUUGCAGAGUGGUGACAAAGAGCUGCUACCAAGGCAGGUAGUUGCGCUUGAUGGUAUAGCCAUAAGGGAUGUGGCAUGUGGUGGAGUUCAUACUUGUGCUUUAACUGUAAAAGGAGCACUGUACACGUGGGGUGGUGGCCAGGCAGGGCAGCUUGGACUGGGUCCUCAGAAUGGUUUCUUUUCCUGUUCUCUGAAUACAUCAGAUAUACUGCUGCGCAAUCUUCCUGUCUUAGUCAUACCUAAUGGUGUAAGGCUUGUUGCCUGUGGUCAUUCUCACACGCUCAUCUCCAUGAGAGAUGGAAGAAUUUAUGGUUGGGGAUACAAUUCCUAUGGUCAGGCAGCCAAUGGGAAAUCCACAUAUGCCUGGUCCCCUUCACCAGUUGAUUGGUGUGUCGGGGAGGUUAAAAGGCUGGCAGCUGGUGGUGGCCAUUCGGCUGUGUUAACUGAUGCUCACACCUUGAAAGAAUUGUGCGAGUUCAGGCUUGCAGAGAGUGUAAAUCUAUCUAAUUGCUUUACAAUUGCUGAUAUUGCAUCUCGAACUAGUGCAGAUUCCUUGGCACGACUGUGUAAAAGAUAUAGGGAACAUUUGGUUGACCAGGGUAAUUGUGAUAACCAAGAGGAAGAAGCCAGCCCAGAGAUCUAAAGCCCAGGGUUAUCACUCUGGUCCAUUCAUCAUUCAACUAUUUAUUGUUAAUAUGUGAUAAUAAAAAAUACUAAACAUUAUCCUGUUAAACAGUGAUUGUGUUAAUAUACUUGGAACUGGUCUGUAAAGAUCAAUUACAGUUUAUAAUUUGGUUAAAACAGCUUUUGACCAUUAAAAUGUCUUUGGUCAAAACAAAGAUAACAUUGUAGCACCUAUGACAAAAUUUAAAAGUUUGUUUUUAUCA